AUGCUCCUGUUCCAAUCUGUGCUUUGUUUUCUCAGUGUUAUAGGUUCCAGCUCAAUUAUUGCCUACGCCAUCUUUCAAAAUGCAGUGCGGUCCCCCGAGGUUCGUCCACUUUUCUACCUGAGCCUCUCCGACCUAUUUCUGGGCAUGUGCUGGCUUGCUGGGGCGCUUCUCUAUAGCACACCAACCUCCAAGCAGGAUCUCAUCUGCUAUAACCUGCAAGCAACAGCACAAAUAUUCUACGUGGCCUCUUUUCUAUACACUGUCAACUAUACCUGGCAUCUGUAUGUGGACCUAAAGAUGAAAUACAAUCAGAACCUUCUCAGGAUGUCCCCCCAGGUUGUAGAUUAUGUGAGUUGCAUUGGCCGAAUAGCAACGAUCUCAUCUAGCCUGAUCCCUUUCCUUCUCAUGGUGCCUGUGUUUUGCCUGGGCAACAGCAAUAAUUGCUACCAGAACUUUAGCCAGAAGCAUGGAUGUCUCUUGAUGCACACAGAAAUAGCCAUGCCCACCAACGAGCCGCAAACCCUGAGUGGCUCCGUUUGCCGUGCAAUGCAUUUCUAUGGCAUUGGGGUCUUCCUUGUUUCCUUUCUGAUCAGCUUCAUAGCCAUUCUGGUUAUACUCAGUCAAGCCCGAGGUUUGUACAAAAGGUUUGUAAACUCCACAGGAUUCCUGGGGGAUCAGCAGUGGGCCAUGAUUAAGAUGGUAGAACAACGAGUGGUUUUUUACCCCAUCGCAUUCUUCUGCUGCUGGGCCCCAGCUGUCCUCCUUGGAAUACUGAAGCUGACUGUUUCAACAGACAGCAAAAUCUACAUGGCUCUUUUAAUUCUACAGGCUCUGACAGCAGCUUCCCAGGGGCUUCUGAACUGCAUCGUGUACGGCUGGACACAGCAUGUCUUCCUCUCCCUCAAGCGCAACGCCUGCCGGGAUGUUGACACUCAGACUCCUCUCUUGCGCUCCCAGAAGAAGUUCUACGCCAGCACGGUCCCCGCCAGCACACCAGACGCAGAGGGGUCCACGUCCACCCUGCUUUGAUGAAUCCCUGUGUCAAAGGAGAACAGGCAGUGUCCUAACAAGGACUCGUCGUGUUUUAGCAAUGUCAGCCAGACCUGGUAUCGGGCUGUCUGCUGCGAACUGUCUUGCCAGCAGCAAAGUUAGCUGUAGUGCUGGAGGAGCCUGAGCAGAUCUGUCGGAGACAGACACUUCAGUGAAGAUAGUUAUUUAUUUUACAGAUUUGUAUGGACUAUAAAGGGAUUCUUUAAACAUGGUAAAUUUUUAGUACAGACUUUCUUCUUAUGGAAAUAUCUCUAGAAAUGCAGCAAGUGGUAUAUAACAGCUCAGAGGUCUGGUACAGCUCCUUUGAGGGUAGGUGGUCAAAGGAUGUUUUACUUCUCUAAGUAUUUGCCAUUACAAAUUAACAGUAAAGCAAAGGUGAAUAUUUUU